AUGUUGCGUUCUGAUUUCAAAGAGCAGUUCUUGAAAAACGAUAUGGCGGAAGAAUUAAACUUCGCCGAAGCCGCCAUGCUUCUCCAAGGAUCGGCGUUUAUUUUUGCCAGGAACGUCGGCUACGUUCACUCACAGGGCGUCUUGUUGCUUCAUUUGGCUCAUGAACUAAUUGUUGACGACUUUGCCAGUGACGUGUUUGUUCGAUUAUGGCAUCCACACUUUCCACCAAAUGAGAAAGCUAAGCGACGAACUGUGCUACACGAAGGUAGAUGGAAUAUCAAUGAAUCAAAAACUGUAGAGAGCGAAACCGGCAAAAUUCUUCUAGAUCCGUUCAAGGUCGGAAGGAAAGUGAACUUCCUAAAAGAAACUUUCAUUAAAACUUUGAUGUUCGGAGACAUUGAUAACGAUGAGCUAAAUAACCCAAUAGUUGUGGAAUCGUUGUACGGAGGCGAUUUUGUUUUUGGAGUCCCUGGUUCAGUCACACUGUUCAUUGCUGCUGUGGUAGGUUGUAUUAGGCUCGUUUUUUUUCGUAAAAAGGCGAUGCGCCGCUCUUAUGACUUGUACCAUCUUCAGGAGAGAAUUUUGUCCUAG